GCGGGGCGGGGCGGGGCGGGGCAGCCCGGCCCCCGCGCGCCCCCCGCGCGCCCCCUGCGCCAUGGCCGGCGGGCGGCCGCGGCUGUUGGCGGCGCUGCUGGCGGCGCUACCCUGGGCGCUGCUGGGCGCGGCGCAGCGCGAGCUGCGGUUCCGGCCGGCGCCGGCCGAGGGCCCGGUGCGGCUCUUCACGGAGCCCGAGCUGGCCAGAUACGCCGGGCAGGAGGAAGGACAGCCCAUUUAUCUGGCAGUGAAGGGAGUAGUAUUUGAUGUCACUUCUGGAAAAGAAUUUUAUGGAAAAGGAGCCCCAUAUAAUGCUUUGGUUGGAAAAGACUCAACGCGAGGAGUUGCAAAGAUGUCUCUGGAUCCAGCAGAUCUUACUCAUGACAUAACAGGACUCUCAGAAGAGGAAAUAAAGUCCCUGGAUGAUAUCUUCAAUAAUGUUUACAAGGCCAAAUAUCCAAUUGUUGGCUAUACUUCUCGAAGAAUUCUGAAUGAGGACGGCAGCCCCAAUCUAGACUUUAAACCUGAAGAUCAACCACAUUUCAGCAUUAAAGAUGAGUUUUGAUGAGCAUUUUAGUAUCUAGAGAAUACCCACAGGGCCACAAUAGAAUGAGUAUUAGGUUGUUUCCUGGAAGGAGGAACAUUUUCUGCAAACUAUGUGUGUACACAUUCAUAUAUUUUCUAACGAGAAAACUGAUUGAUGAUAGGUAAUUUUUGGAAUGUGUUCUGGAAAACAGGGAAUCAAACAGAUCUAUGUUAGUAGCACAUACUUGUGCUGUUUGCUCUGAAUUGUUGGUAUUAUUUCAUAUGGAAGUUCUUACUGCUUGUAUUUUUCUGUCUACAAGCAUAUAAUCUAAAAUUACAUUCUUUAAAAGAGAUAAGGAAGUUUCUAAUAGUCAAAACAUCAGUGGUCUUCAUGUAAAUCCCAAGUUGUUUCCCAUUCCUUUGAAAACGGAAUGUAUUAUCUGGACCAGCUAACAUCAAUUCUCUAUACUUCAGUUUCUGUGAUUAUAAGUACUCACAUAUAUAAAUAGGUGUAAAAGAUGCUUGCUCUUAAAAAGGCAUUAAGGGAUUUAAUAUUUGACAGGUUUGAGAAUACCGGAAAUAAAAACAGUCAAUCUCUUAAAAUGUAGUUACAGUGGAAUAUUUAUGUGAAGCCUACAGCUAUAAAACAAGAAAAAUAAACCUUUUUCCCUCUUGAGAAAUACUGUGACAUUUUCAGUAAGAUUCUUAUUAUGUUAGUUUUAAAUAAAUGACACCUCAUUUUUAUUUUUUUAAAUAAUUAUCAAAGAUGUCAUCUAUAUUAGAUUGUGAUGAUUUCCUUCUAGCUUCCUCCACUCUUUCUCUGACAAAAAAAGGAAAUGAUAACCCACUGUUUCCCACAUACUCCUACAGCACAAGUUUAUUACACUAAUUUAGAAUCCUGUGGAUAUUUUUAGCAUCUUCAUAUUGACAAUUUCAGCCUCUUAUUUUUAAUCUGUUAGUCUUUCUUUGUUUUAGUCUGGUUUCAUCAUUGCUCAAGCAUCUUGCUCUUGAAGGUGUGCAUUCAAAUAUUCCUCUUCGUUUUAACUUAAUAUAAAUCUCCAGAUCUGUAGGGUGAAAGAAGUCCUCUCUUUAUCAAUUUUCUCUGGCAGUAUUUCAGCAAUCAGAGGGCAGUAAAAGCUUAUAUUAUAUAAAUUGCUGCUAACCACUGACUUUGACUAACUGAAGUAGAACGUAAACUCUCGUGUACGUGGAUUUACCUGCCGCUGUGACAGGUUCAAUUAAUACUGAAAUAUUGAGCAGCUGCUCCCAAUUUCUCAGAGCUACUUUGUUCUAUUUCUUUAGCAUUUUGGCUGCUUUCUUCGAAAGAAAGAUUUUAUUACGUGAUUGUCUGUUUUAUGGCUUGCAUAUUGUAGUGUGUCAAGAGGAAGGGACAGAUGCCUGUCAGUGAAAUAACUAGAAAAGUUUUUUCUAUUUAUUAUCCUUUGUUAAACAGUGUUACUGAUUUUACUGUAAAUUCAUUUUGUAUCUUACCAUUAGACCACAUAAGCUGAAAGAGGGGCUCCAUGGGCCACCUUGUUUUCUGCUGUUCUGUGGUGUUCUGGGUCAAAAUAAAUAAAUUAGUAUUGAAGUAAAGAAAAUGUUAUUGCUUCAGAAAAUCAUUGCUGUAUUGCUGUAACUGCCAAUCUCUUGACUAGACACCAGCAGGAACGGGGAGUUGGCCUGUUGAUGAUGCCUGCCUACAGGUAGCACUGUAUACCUGCCAUCUUUAUGGGAAUGUGUAUGGGGUGGGUGAUAAUAGUGGUGCUUGUUCUUUUGCCAGUAUUUCACAGAUCAGUUUCCAGUGUCUACAUAUUUUUCGCCCUGCCCUGCCCUGCCCUGCCCUGCAUGUUUCCUUAGGGGCAGCUGCAGAUGUGCUUCUAUGAUUAUUGUAAAUUGUCUUGGCUUCAUCUGAGAUCAGUAUAUCCAUCAGCAUUUAAAAAUUUUAUCCACAGAAAUUUUGUAGCUGGAUUGUAACACAUUGAGUGGCGUGGUGUUCUUAUUCUCUCCCUGCUUUUCCUGUUCAUGCUAUGGAGCUCACCUUUGCUGAUCCCAAAGUAGAUAAGGCAUCUUCUAUUUAUACUAACUUUCAGGUGCAUUUCAGUGAAGAAACCCUCCUGUUGCAACGGUAUUAUUGAAAUGGUGAUAUAAAAACUCUUUUAGUGUGAGAUCCUUUCAAAUUCAACCUGCUCUCACUUGUGCCUGUGAAGGGAGGGAGAUGUCCCAGUCCUUCCAUGCUGUUAAUAACAAGAAGAUUAUCACAACUGAAUGCAUUUAGAAUGCAGAAUGCUUCCUGCUUGUUUCUAUUUCAGUUUUGGAACUGAAAUACUCACUUCUGUUUAAUCACUUCCUAAGUUAUUUCACUUCAGGUUCCCACUCAAUAGAACAGUGUUAUGAUAAUAAGGCUUUCAGUGGGCCACCAGAAGGAAUAUAUCCUUGACAUGGAUAUUCUUUACUACUGUUCACCAUCGUGAAGUAUUGUUACUGAUAACAUGUUCACUGACUACUUUUUCAAUGAAUUCAGAGUCCCACAAUAUUUCUUUUAGUGUUAAUAUAAUGACACUGUUUUAUUUCUAAGGUUGUUACAUGUUGACAGCCUGCAAUUUAUUUUGCUUAAAAGCAUACUGUCUGCUAUCGUUGUUUUGUUCAGUUAGUUGCAUUUGCUUGACCUUUGUAUUAUGCCAGUAAGACAAGUGCCUUCGCUAUCUAUAAAUGGCACUCAAAACAAUCAAACUGUGCAAAGCCCUAUUAUCCCCUUCCCAGUCUCCCACAGCUCAUUUGGAGAAUGAUGAAUUUCUUUUUAAUUUAUUUGGAGCUUCCUGCUAACAUUGCAAAUGUCAUUGUUUGUGCUGUGCUGCUUCUAAUCUGUGUCUUCUUAAUUUGACGUGAGGGUUUGUAUGAUCAAAGGUUUUAAUGAAUUGCUGUGCCAAGAAAGAACUUCUUUUAAUAAUAAUUUACUCUCCAGAAAGCAGAGAAAUACCAGAUGGGUUCAUCACUGAGGAGAUGCAUAACCUGAGUUUUCCACUUGACACUUUUUCCAAUAGCUCCUUACUUUUUGUCUUAAUACAUUUGUCCUAAUACAUAACUUUUGUGAUAGGACUUUGAAGUCGGAUGUUCUUAUCUUAAGAAGAGGCUAGAUUUUGUGAUCCUUACUUUAAGAAGGAUUUGUCUGAUUAACAACUAGAGCGAGAGGAAUAAUUAUAUAAGCAACGAAAAUUCAGUAAAGGGGUUCCACUGAGCUUCAAAAUACACAUGAAAUGCAGAUCAAAGUAUUAUCUCAAUUUUUGCAGUUGUAGAAACUCCAGUUAAAUGAAAUCAGGCUAAGAACAUGUAUGGUAUGUUAGUAACAGCAUUAUUUUUCAUCCUAAUCAAAACAAGACCACUAGCCAGAAGGAUAUUUAAUAGAAUGCAGAAACUCUGAAUCUUAGUUAUAAUCCCACAGGCUGACAUUUUUCCAAGAAGCCCCCGGACUUGGGAUUGGACAUAAAAUAAAGUUGUUCCUUUCUUAAUAA